UAGGUAGGUCAAGGUCAUCCCCAUUCCCCAUUGAGAAGUUUAUUGAACGCUGAUUUUCUAAUAAGUGGGGCCUUAGUAGAAGUUGCAUCAUGUGGAAAGAGUAUAUGAGCAGGUACUUUCUUCUUUUCAUUCAUUUCUGGGUUGUAUCGAAACCCAGAAACAUUGUCGAUGAUUUGACUGCAGAACAGAACUAAAAUUUAUCAAAAAUGUUUGGCAGAAUCACUUUUGUGCCUACACUUGUUUAUAACAUGGUCAUGGAGAAGUGUUCGGCCAGAAAAUGGUACAAUAGAAUCGAUGAAAAUGUUAUUCUGGGGGCUCUGCCUUUUCCCAAAUUGACCAAGCAGUUAACCGAGCAAGAGAAUGUUAAAGCAGUUAUAUCAAUGAAUGAAGAUUAUGAGCUUUGGUUUGCCAAUGAUAGAAAGAGAUGGAAUGAGUUAGGCAUUGAUUUCUUACAAUUAUCAACAGCAGAUAUCUUCGACACACCAUCUCAAACAAAAUUGACUACUGGAGUAGCAUUUAUUAACAAGUAUAUCAAUCGGAAUGAUGGAUCAACAGUAUAUGUGCACUGUAAAGCAGGAAGAACAAGAAGUGCAACCUUGGUUGGAUGUUACUUAAUGAAAAGAUGGGGUUGGACUCCAGACGAGGCUGUAGAUUUUAUGCAAUUAAAAAGACCACAUAUCUUGCUUCACACUCCUCAGUGGGAAGCCCUAAGGCUAUAUUACAAAGAACAAGUAUUAAUAGGCAAUAAGAAUUUUUCCUGAAAGAAAAAUGACCCUUCCUGAUCUUACAUAAUUUCAAGACAAUAAUUAGAUAAUUAUGCU